UUAUAUUAGCUUUAAAAGCCUCAAAAUCAAACCUCAAAAAAAGAAGAAGUGAAAAUGGAGUGCGUGUUCGGCUUCGUAGGCAAUGGCUUUGCCGUAGUGGCGGCGGACACAUCGGCGGUUCACAGCAUCCUCGUCCACAAAUCCAACGAAGACAAGAUCAUGGUCCUCGAUUCUCACAAACUCAUCGCCGCCAGCGGUGAAUCCGGUGACAGAGUGCAAUUCACGGAGUAUAUACAGAAAAACGUGGCUUUGUAUCAGUUUCGCAAUGGUAUUCCUUUGACAACUGCCGCCGCUGCCAAUUUCACUCGCGGUGAGCUUGCCACUGCAUUAAGGAAGAACCCAUACUUCGUGAACAUUCUUCUUGCUGGCUACGACAAAGAGACAGGCCCCUCACUUUACUACAUCGACUACAUCGCUACACUUCACAAAGUUGAUAAGGGAGCAUUCGGGUACGGAUCCUAUUUUUCUCUCUCUAUGAUGGACAGGCACUACCACAGCGGCAUGACUGUGGAAGAAGCCAUCGACUUGGUAGAUAAAUGCAUAAUGGAGAUAAGGUCACGACUUGUUGUGGCACCUCCAAACUUUGUUAUCAAGAUCGUCGACAAAGAUGGAGCGAGGGAGUAUGCCUGGCGUGAAUCCGUCAAGGAUGCUGCAGUUGCUUCAGCUUGAAAGAUUUUUAUCCUUGAUUUGCUCUUUCAUAAUGAAUGUUUUAAUUUGCAUUUUAACAACAGGAAACAGUAUGUUUGACUUGAGCAGCCAAACCUUUUAUAUUAAAAACUAAAUUGUUGCUGUGAUGGUGUUCGAAAUCUGGGGAUGUAGGGAUACUGUAUUUGAUUAAAAUAUGCCAUUAGUCUC